UCUUUUUCGGGCGCGAAACAACAAAGAUGGCGUCGGUGUUGAAUCGAGUGCUCAGCGCAAUUAAUGGGGUAUUCAGGGACGUGAGGUGAGUUGUGCGAGUUAGAAGCAAAAACUACACCUGUGCGAGCACAGCUGGUCUGGCAAAGUCAGUUGCAGUUGUGGAUGUCAGGAAUGGGGACCAUCCCAAACGACAUCAGGAGACUACUAGAUGACUGCGAGCUGUUUAUCUCUGAGAUCCUUCAGGACGAGGAGCUGAGUGAAAAUGCGGUCGAGACCCGCAAAAUCCUACUGAAUAAUUUCAGGGUGGUGCGCGUGAGAAACCCUCAGGAAUUCCCCUUCCCCUCUGACUCGAGGGAGGAAGACGGUUUUGACGACAACCGCAGCUCGAGUCUGGGUCGCUCUGCGCCGUCAGACGCCGCCUCGCUGGCUUCCGACUACCAGGAGGACGGACCGGCUGAGUACUUUGAGGACAUCCCCCUCACAGCCGCUCAAGACCUUGGCAACAUCCUGAAGCAGGGUUACUUGGAAAAGAAACGUCGAGAUCACAGCUUCUUUGGCUCCGAGUGGCAGAGGAGAUGGUGCGUCCUCAACAAUUCCAUCUUCUUCUACUUUUGCAGUGACAAAGAUAAGCAACAGAAAGGCUCGUUUUACAUCAACGACUACAGCGUUCGGCUCGUCAACAACCUGAGGAAAGACUCCAAAAGGAACGCCUGCUUCGAGCUGUCUGCUCCCGGACGGAGGACAUUCCAGUUUGCGGCCAGCAGUGCUCAGGAGGCUCGAGAGUGGGUCAACUACAUCAGCUUCGUGCUCAGAGAUCUCAGCUCCAGCACCAUUCCCUUUGACGAGGACGAGGAUGAUGAAGUGGGCGACGACGAGGACGAGGAGGGGAGCUACGAUGACAUUGAAGGGGCGAGCGGCCCGACCCCGCCCUGGCCCGCGGCCGCCGCCGUCGCCGCCGCCAACCGGGCGUCCCUCGGUAGCACGGGAGGGCGUGCGCAGGCUGACGAGGACGACGACAGUGACAUUUACGAGGUUCUGCCAGAUGAGGACUUUCCAGAUCCUCCCGCCGACUGUUUGGAGUCGCCCAGCAAAGCAGCAGUUUUGGAUUAUGCCAACUACUACCAGGCUGUGUGGGACUGCCAGGCUGACGCGCCAGACGAGCUGUCCUUUCGCAGAGGAGACCUCAUCUUAAUUCUCAGCAAGGAAUACAACAUCGAUGGCUGGUGGGUCGGCAACUUGAAUGGUGUCGUUGGGAUCGUCCCCAAGGACUUUAUGCACCCGGCCUAUAUCCUGUGAGCCGCAGCAAGCCUCUGGACCCGUUUGGACCAGCCGAGAGCACCCAGAUAAGACUUGCGUCUCAACUUUCCAGCGGAGUUGCCCUUAUCAACAAAGCAUCUUGAAUGAAUCAAGUUGGCUUCCACGUUUGGAAGUGUGCAGACGGAUGUUUUAUUUGUGACUGAAGCAGACAAGAAACGUGUGUUUUAUUCAAGCACUUUAUUCACGAUCGCCAAUAAAGCAAAGUAACAAAACGACACU